AUGGGUUCCGUCAUGUUGGUCACACCCACCACACCACCGUCAAUCCAAAACUCUUCGGAGGCGCAACACGUUUCUUCUUCGACGCCAAUAUCGUCCCCAUCAAGAAGUUCAUCACAAGCUGCAACAUCUAAACGGACACACAGUUUGUUCGAUCAGACACCUCUGAUGGAGUUGAAAAGAAAGAAACACUCACAAUCAAGGAACUGUGGGCCUACAUCUCAAAGACCAAUGAACAAACACAAGAAGCUGAUUUCCUCAUCAAGGCAACGAUUGUUGGAGUGCUACAAAGGAAUGGAUGGAGCUAUUGUGUUGGCCGCAACGUCAGUCACCGGCGUCCUAAGGUAUAGAGUUGAGCUCGCUGUCAGUGACGGUGCUGACGACGCCACAUUUGUCGUCUUCGACUCAGAAAUGACCAAACUAACAUCACGACCUGCAUCCUCUCUGAGACUCGAGCUUAAAGUUACGCCCUUCAACUUCACACCCAACCACCGUAGUUUCACCGUUACAAAGCUCACCGCUGUACCCACCUCGGAGGAGACUUCAGAGGGUUUAACCAACAACGAUGGCAACCCACCGUCCCCGGACUCAGCGGCAGGAAAAACUGGGGGAAAAGGGAUUGCCAUGAACGACAAGCCACAAAACACUGGAGAAGCGGGAGUCGAGUGUUCUCGCAAGCGCGGGGCAGCCGAUCCCUAG